GAUGUUCUGACACCAAAUAUAGAGAACAGUAAUUUUCCCUACCAAGUACCUAACUUCCAUAAGUGUGAGAUCUGUUUGCUGUCUUUUCCAAAAGAGACCCAGUUCCAGCGCCAUAUGAGGGAUCAUGAGCAAAAUGACAAGCCUCACCGAUGUGACCAGUGUCCGAUGUCAUUUAAUGUUGAAUUCAACUUGACACUUCAUAAAUGUACCCACAAUGGUGAAGAUCCUACGUGUCCUGUGUGCAACAAGAAAUUCUCCAGAGUAGCCAGUCUGAAAGCCCAUAUAAUGCUACAUGAGAAAGAGGAGAAUCUUAUCUGUUCAGAGUGUGGAGAUGAAUUUACGUUACAGAGUCAGCUCUCCAUACACAUGGAAGAACAUCGUCAAGAAUUGGCAGGCAGUAGGAUCCACAGCUGCAAAUCUUGCAAAAAGGAAUUUGAAACUUCUUCACAGCUAAAGGAGCAUAUGAAAACUCACUAUAAAAUAAGGGUAUCAAAUACCAGAUCUUACAACAGAAAUAUUGACAGAAGUGGGUUUACCUAUUCCUGUCCUCACUGUGGAAAGACGUUCCAGAAGCCAAGUCAGUUAACACGACACGUUAGGAUACACACAGGUGAGAGACCUUUCAAAUGCAGUGAGUGUGGAAAAGCCUUUAACCAGAAGGGGGCACUGCAGACCCACAUGAUCAAGCACACUGGUGAAAAACCCCAUGCUUGUGCCUUUUGUCCUGCAGCCUUUUCUCAGAAAGGCAAUCUUCAGUCACACAUACAGAGAGUUCAUUCAGAGGUGAAGAAUGGCCCUACAUACAACUGUACAGAAUGUAGCUGUGUCUUCAAGAGCUUGGGUAGUUUAAAUACACAUAUCAGCAAGAUGCAUAUGGGUGGUCCCCAGAAUUCCGUGGGCACUUCAGUAGAUGUACCUCAUGUUCCAGCGGACUCUGUCACCCAGCCUUUAACAACAUCCCCUGCAAAUCUCUUACAACCUGUUGAUAACAAAUGGAAGAAUGCCACACAUUUUCGGUCUCCGCUUCUCCAACAGACAGAAAACCAGGUGUCUUCAGCUACUGCAGCUCAUCAGGGCCAGCAGGCUGUAACUGAUGUCAUCCAGCAGCUCCUUGAGCUAUCAGAACCAGGUCCUGUAGAAAAUAACCAGCCUCAACAACCUGGUCAACAGCUCAACAUUGCAGUGGGAAUCAAUAGAGAUAUUUUGCAGCAAGCUUUAGAGAACAGUGGGUUGUCUUCGAUUCCUGUCUCUGCACAUUCUACUGACUGCAGCCAGGCUAAGAAUCCUGGUGCCCAGGAACAGAAUCCAGAUGUCCAGACUCUCCCAAAUCAUCAAAUUGACUCUAAUAGUGCAGAACAAGAUAAGGAGCAAGAGAUUACAGAUAAACUGGAUAAAAAAGAAAAAAAGAUUAUUAAGAAAAAAUCACCAUUUUUACCUGGCUCUAUACGUGAAGAAAACGGAGUCAGGUGGCACGUUUGUCCAUAUUGCUCCAAAGAAUUUAAAAAGCCAAGUGACCUGGUGCGGCACAUUCGCAUUCACACCCACGAGAAGCCCUUCAAGUGUCCCCAGUGCUUCCGCGCCUUUGCUGUUAAGAGUACUCUCACAGCACACAUAAAAACACACACUGGCAUUAAAGCUUUCAAGUGCCAAUUUUGUAUGAAAUGCUUUUCCACCUCAGGGAGUUUAAAAGUUCACAUUCGUCUACAUACAGGUGUUAGGCCUUUUGCUUGUCCUCACUGUGACAAGAAGUUCAGAACUUCAGGCCACCGGAAAACUCACAUUGCUUCACAUUUUAAACAUACAGAACUAAGAAAGCUGAGACAUCAACGUAAGCCUGCAAAAGUUCGAGUAGGGAAGACGAGUGUCCCAGUACCAGACAUUCCUUUGCAAGAGCCCAUACUCAUAACUGAUUUAGGUCUUAUCCAGCCAAUCCCAAGGAACAGCCAGUUCUUCCAAAAUUAUUUUAACAAUAAUUUUGUGAAUGAUGCAGAAAGACCAUACAAAUGUUUUUAUUGCCAUCGAGCCUAUAAAAAAUCCUGUCAUCUUAAACAACACAUCAGGUCGCAUACUGGUGAAAAGCCAUUUAAGUGCUCUCAGUGUGGAAGAGGUUUUGUGUCAGCUGGAGUUCUGAAGGCACAUAUUAGAACACACACUGGACUGAAAGCUUUUAAGUGUCUUAUAUGCAAUGGGGCCUUCACUACUGGUGGCAGCCUCCGGCGACACAUGGGGAUCCAUAAUGACCUUCGACCGUAUAUGUGUCCCUAUUGUCAAAAAACAUUCAAAACAUCACUAAACUGUAAAAAACACAUGAAGACUCAUAGAUACGAACUUGCACAGCAACUUCAGCAGCAUCAGCAGUCUAAUUCAAUAGAAGAUUCUACUGUAGAUCAGCAGAGCAUCCAUGUUUCCACACAGAUGCAAGUGGAGAUUGAAAGUGAUGGGCUACAGCAGUCAGAAGCUGUUGCAACAGAUCAGCAGGCCAUUUUAGAGUUAGACCAGCAGCCAGUAGUAGGCACAGAAGAAACGGCACUUGAACAACAACUGGCUGAUCAGCCUUUAGAGCAAGAUGAGGAUAGAUUUGUGACAUCCCAGCAUGCUUUACAGGAAAACAUCACUCAAUUUGAACAGCAAGCUAUAACACAGCAGCCGUUUGAUCAACAGGGCUUAUCACAAGGUUUUACAGUCAAUGACAGCUACAAUCAACAGACUCAAUUUCCGGCCGUACAGCAGCUGCAGGAUUCAAGCACACUUGAAUCUCAGGCUCUUUCAACAAGUUACCACCCACCAGCUCUUCUUCAGGUUCCAAGUACAGAUGCUAUUAAUGUAACUACUCGCUUGAUACAAGAUCAGCCAUCACAAGAGGAACUUGAAUUGCAUACCCAACGGCCUCAUUUUCUUGAGGAUAACGAAGAUCAAAGCAGGCGUUCAUAUAGGUGUGAAUAUUGCAACAAGGGUUUUAAGAAAUCCAGCCAUUUGAAACAACACGUACGAUCACAUACUGGUGAGAAACCUUAUAAAUGCCAACUCUGUGGCCGCGGCUUUGUUUCCUCAGGAGUUCUUAAGUCACAUGAGAAGACGCAUACAGGAGUUAAAGCAUUCAGCUGUAGCAUUUGCAAUACCUCCUUCACAACUAAUGGCAGCCUUACCAGGCACAUGGCAACUCACAUGAGCAUGAAGCCUUACAAGUGCCCAUUCUGUGAUGAAAGCUUUCGAACAACUGUUCACUGCAAAAAACAUAUGAAAAAACAUCAGGCAGUCUCUUCAGCUGUAGCAGCAGCUACAGAAACAGGAGGGGGAGUUGCAUGUGUUGAAGAUGAUGAUGAAAACUCUGAAAGGACUUCCAGAAAAUCUCGUCCUGGUGUGAUAACUUUUACAGAGGAAGAAACAGCAGAACUGGCAAAGAUCAGGCCUCGAGAAAGUGCCACUGUCUCCGAAAAAGUUCUUGUCCAGUCUGCUGCAGAGAAAGACAGAAUUAGUGAGAUCAAAGAUAAGCAAGCAGAACUGGAAGCAGAGCCCAAAUAUGCCAACUGCUGUAGUUAUUGUCCCAAAAGCUUUAAAAAACCCAGUGAUUUAGUCAGGCAUGUUCGUAUCCAUACUGGGGAGAAGCCAUAUAAGUGUGAAGAAUGUGGAAAGAGUUUCACUGUAAAAUCUACUCUGGAUUGCCAUGUUAAAACACACACAGGCCAGAAGCUCUUCAGCUGUCAUGUGUGCAGCAAUUCGUUUUCCACGAAGGGGAGCCUGAAGGUCCACAUGCGGCUGCACACGGGAGCCAAGCCCUUCAAGUGCCCCCACUGUGACCUGCGGUUCCGCACCUCGGGGCGCAGGAAGACCCACAUACAGUGCCAUUACAAGUCAGAGACAAAGAAAGUUAGGAAGCCUGUAGCCCGUACUUCAGCUGAGGGACUACAACCAGUCAGCCUUCUUAAUUCAUCCUCAACGGACCCUAAUGUUUUCAUCAUGAAUAACUCUGUUUUGACCAGUCAGUUUGAUCAAAAUUUACUUCAGCAAGGACUUGUGGGCCAGGCUAUCCUGCCUGCUUCGGUGUCAG